AUGGAAGUUUCCAAUGUUUUAUUGCGUUUAGCUGAAAAUGGGAACGGCGUUGAAGCAGGUGAGAGCCACGAGGAAGUCAUGGAUACGGGGAGCGCAGAGUCAGCGAAGAAAACUGGAGAUGCUGUCAAAAUGGAUACCUCAAAAGAGCUGGUCAUUGUAGACGAACCAGCAGCAGAUGCCGCCACGAUUGCAAAUGACGAAGAGAUGCUGGAGGAUCCACUGAUAGACGUGCCAGCUGAAAACGCGGCGCCAACUGCUAAAUCAGCCGUUACAGUUACAUCUGCUGCCAAGACUCCAGUGCAGGCUCCGCUGAACGAUGACAGAGAGAAAGACAUCGCUUCGCGCUCGAUUUGGGUUCGCGGCCUGACAUCAGCCACGAAAGCAGCCGAUCUCAAGGUGUUAUGCACAGAGUUCGGUAAAGUGGUACGCGCCAAAAUAUAUACUUCAAAGAAGCAGACGACGUCGGCAUGUUAUGGAUAUGUGACCAUGGCCGAUACUGCAGCUGCCGAAAAAGCUGCCGCUGCUCUGCACAAGACACAAAUCAGAGGACGGACGAUUUCUGUGGAGAAGGCGGAUAGAUCGAAAGUACCGGCUGUUAAAUCUGCCUCUUCUGCUGCUCCUGCAAAGAAAGACGCCGCCAGCGAUUCAUCUGCUACUCCUAAACGUGACUCUGACAGAAAAAGCGCAGACGACACGAACAAGUUUGCAAAAGCCGCAUCGGUUACCUCAGAAAAAUCUCACGGUGAAUCAAAAGAGGGAAAGAAGGCUGGAUCAACGACUUCAACGCAGAAACGCGACGAUGCGCGCGGUAGCGACAGAAAACGCGAUGACAGAGAUCGACGUUCGACGAAUAGCGAACGACGCGACAGUGAGAGACCAUUCAAAUCGGAUUCGAAGCGUGAGCCGUUUAGACGAGGUCCAGCGCGUGACCCUCGCCGGGAUUCCCAGAGAACUAUCUCUGCUGCACGUCGUUUCCCUGGAUCGACUCGAGGUGUACCCUCUCGUGGUAGUCUACGGGGGCGCAUUACUCGUCCGGGCGAUAGGGCUAAUAGCUAUCUUUCAAUUCGACGCCCUGAAGCAAUGAGUCAACGUGAUCUUCUGACAUUAAUGCGUCGAAAAGAGGAAGAACAUCGACGUCGUGAAGCGGAAAUUGAAAAAGAGCGUGCACUUGAAAGAGAACGUGAACGCAUACGAUUUGAACGUGAACAACUGGAAAAAGAGCGUUUGCAAUUGCAGCUUCAGGCAGCUCUUCAGCAGCAAAAACUUGCUGCUAUGAACUCAUCUCGCACGAAGGACUCCUAUCUGCCAUCA